AUGGAAGUCGAGUUUGUAGCCUUAGAUAAAGCCGCCGAAGAAGCGGAAUGGCUCAAAAACUUCCUAGAGGGUAUUCCAUUGUGGCCAAAGCCUGUUACUGCCAUUUGCAUACAUUGUGAUAGUAUGGCUGCUCUUACAAGAGCGAAGAACCAAAUCUACAAUGGCAAAUCGAGGCAUAUAAGGCGUCGUCACAAGACAAUACGAGGCGGCCAUGGUUUAAUGGAGGUGAGCUUUUUGAGGUCCGGUACUACUCACCGGAAGCUUCUCGUUCGGGGAGAAGAAAAUGUGGAGGAGCCAAAUCGGAUUUGGGGGGAGAAGUGCAGCCGGUCUGACAUAGUGAUCGACCAGGGUCCCACGGCACCGCUGCCUAGUGGCAUUCCCACUUACACGGUGGAGAUCAUGAAUGUAUGUGGCACCGGCUGUAACAUUAGCCGCAUCCACCUCAACUGCGGUUGGUUCAGCUCCGCCACGCUGGUGAACCCGAGAGUGUUCAAGCGGCUUCGCUACAAUGACUGCCUUGUGAAUGACGGCAAGCCUCUGGUCAAUGGUGGUUCAAUCUCUUUUGAGUAUGCCAACACCUUCCUCUACCCACUCAAGGUUUCCUCUGUUGUUUGCUACUGAUCGGUUCUAGUCAAUCUUUGACCAACAGCGACAUUCACCUUAGGAAAAUUAGAAUUGACAC